AUGUCGAAUCAAGAAGAAGGACUUAAACUGUGGGGUGGCAGGUUUACUGGGGCUACUGACCCCUUGAUGGAUUUGUAUAACGCUUCCUUACCUUACGACAAGAAAAUGUACAAGGUGGAUUUAGAAGGAACAAAAGUUUACACUGAGGGCCUGGAGAAAAUUAAUUUGCUAACUAAAGACGAACUAAGUGAGAUUCAUCGUGGUCUCAAAUUGAUUGAAGCAGAGUGGGCAGAAGGGAAGUUUGUUGAGAAGCCAGGGGAUGAGGAUAUUCACACUGCUAAUGAACGUCGCUUGGGUGAGUUGAUUGGUCGUGGAAUCUCUGGUAAGGUUCAUACCGGAAGGUCUAGAAAUGAUCAAGUUGCCACUGAUAUGCGGUUGUAUGUCAGAGACAAUCUAACUCAGUUGGCUGACUAUCUGAAGCAGUUCAUUCAAGUAAUCAUCAAGAGAGCUGAACAGGAAAUAGACGUCUUGAUGCCCGGUUAUACUCACUUGCAAAGAGCUCAACCAAUCAGAUGGUCUCACUGGUUGAGCAUGUAUGCUACCUAUUUCACUGAAGAUUAUGAGAGACUGAAUCAAAUCGUUAAAAGGUUGAACAAAUCCCCAUUGGGAGCUGGAGCUUUGGCUGGUCAUCCUUAUGGAAUUGAUCGUGAAUACAUUGCUGAGAGAUUAGGGUUUGAUUCUGUUAUUGGUAAUUCUUUGGCCGCUGUUUCAGACAGAGAUUUUGUAGUCGAAACCAUGUUCUGGUCUUCGUUGUUUAUGAAUCAUAUUUCUCGAUUCUCAGAAGAUUUGAUCAUUUACUCCACUGGAGAGUUUGGAUUUAUCAAGUUGGCAGAUGCUUAUUCUACUGGAUCUUCUCUGAUGCCUACAAAAAAAAACCCAGACUCUUUGGAGUUAUUGAGGGGUAAAUCUGGUAGAUGUUUUGGGGCCUUGGCUGGUUUCCUCAUGUCUAUUAAGUCCAUUCCGUCAACCUAUAACAAAGAUAUGCAAGAGGAUAAGGAGCCUUUAUUUGAUACUCUAAUCACUGUAGAGCACUCGAUUUUGAUAGCAUCCGGUGUAGUUUCUACCUUGAACAUUGAUGCCGAACGAAUGAAGAAUGCUCUAACUAUGGAUAUGCUGGCUACAGAUCUUGCCGACUAUUUAGUUAGAAGGGGAGUUCCAUUCAGAGAAACUCACCACAUUUCUGGUGAAUGUGUCAGACAAGCCGAGGAGUUGAACCUUUCUGGUAUUGAUCAGUUGUCCCUCGAACAAUUGAAAUCCAUUGACUCCCGUUUUGAGGCUGAUGUGGCUUCAACGUUUGACUUUGAAGCCAGUGUUGAAAAAAGAACUGCCACCGGAGGAACUUCUAAGACUGCUGUUUUAAAGCAAUUGGAUGCACUGAAUGAAAAGCUAGAGUCUUGA